UAUUUUUAAAUGAAAUCACUUAAUCUUAGAGCAACAUGCUGUAAAUCACCUGAUUAUUCCAAAGCACAGUGCUUGCCUAUUUUGCAUCCAUGAGAAGCAUGUUUAUAGCACUGUAAAACGCUUUAAUGCAAUUCCAACCUUUAAAAGUACAUGCACUUAAUUUAUUUCUCUGUAAUUUGGCUUUUAGUAUUGCUUGUUUUUUGCUUGCCAGAAGCUACAGUUGAGUAGUUCGCCAUUAAAUGCAGCCAUCCUUUAAAUUUAUAUUUAAAUAUGAAACUUUACCAAAACUUCACGUCACUAAAGGUUGAUAAAUGCUCAACGUUAACGGGCAGACGUACCAAGAAACUGCCCAAAAAACAGAGACCCAGCGACCCAAAAAUCUAGUCAAAACUCUUUGGCAAAAGACUUUGGCAUAGUGAUGCAAGCUAACUCACACCCGGAAACUAUCAGGUAAUCAAUGCCACCUACACCCCAUUUCUCUGCCUGUUAUUACACAUCCAAGAACGCCAGGAAACCAUGGCAGCAAUACAAGAAAAAUAACAAACAAAGGUUUUAUGCAAUCAAUUCAAUGUCCAAAACAAGAUUUCAGGACAAAAAUGAUCAUUUAUUUAUAAAAUGUUGCUGCUUAUAUUUAAUUUACAGAUGACUGCAAGAAUCUCUCUAGGCUACUUAAUUCAAUACUUUUGUGAGCCAUAAGCAAAUUAAACAGAUCAAACACAAAAAUAUUGAAUAGUGACUUUUGACCGAAAACUUUGCUUCUGCUGCAUCUACAUUUAUGAUUAUUAACUCAAAAUAAGAAAGAAUGAAAAAAUGAAAGCCGAGUAACUGAAGAUGUCCUUCCCAAGAACCUUGACUAUUUCCGGCUAUGAUGAUCAUACCCUCCAGCACUGGCUGUUCCUUUAGCAGAAGCUGGCCAAACAGAUACAUUUGUCCAGAGAACAGAUGAUGUUUAGUUUCAAGUUCCACACGCAGUGAGCUCAAAACAUGAAGGUGAUUUAAAAAUACACAAAAAUAGAAUUUCAGUUACGAUGCAGACACUGAUGCUCAUCUUCGUCUUUCUCCUCAGCCCGGGUCUCGCUGAAGACACAGUGGCAGAGGACAUUGGCCCUCACCAGCUGGAGCGUCUGGUGGGGCUCCUGACGGCGCGUGAGUGUGAGGAGCUCAUCUCUGUUCUGUCUCACGUCGAGGAGAGCAUCUUCCAACGCCUAGAUCGUCUGUCUCCAGAAAGGAACCAGCUACAACUACACUCACGGAGACCAAGAAAUACAGACCAGGAGACCCCCUGUCGCUCAGCGCUCAAGGACUGGUUGCAGACUCAUGGCAGGCAGAUAUACUACGACAGACUGUCUCGCGCACUGCAACAGAUUGGCAGGACUGACAUUGCCAUAGAGGUGGGUAAGAACAUCAACCAGGAUAAAAAUCUUGCUAUGCAGAGACAUGUAGAAGGAUACCACGAGUUUGUUAACAAAAUGGCAGCCCAACAAGAGAAGGACCAAUCAGACGUUGAGGAUAAAGAUAGCCAUGAGGAGGUGCUACAGUACUCAGCAAAACAGGCCAAAGGAUUGAAGUGGAAAGAUGUGGAUUUAGAGGUAAAAAGGCAUCCUGCACCACCGUCUCAACGUCAACUACAAGACACAGUGUGGCAUCUGCUUUACGGCCUUUUCCUUGGAUUUGCUGGGGCACUGCUCAUGAGUGUGUCUGUCCUGCUUAUUAGCAUAUAUGUGUCCCAUGGCAACAAAACCAAUUACAAAACUAGCCAUCAUCAUCGUCCUCUACUUGGUUUGGAAACAUCAUCAUCAAAACACAGACAGCGCCCAAAAGACACACAGGAUGAAAGCGAGACGCUCCCAUACUAAUAAAUGUUCGGGACAAUUAUCAAGCCAUGCUCAUCAGUCGGUAAUUCAAUAUUAAACAGAUCUGUCGUUGAUGGCUGAUGAUGACCCGAGGUACUUCCAAUAAAGCAGUUCUACUGGCUGUUAUCUUAUCCUGCGUGCUAUUUAAACUACAUUAGAAAUAAGUUAGACAGCUGCACGUGCCAACACCUUCAGAUCCCAAAGCCUCUCAUAAAGAUAUUUCUGCAAUAAAGCGCCUGACAGAACAUAAUGACAGCAAUCUGUUACCUCCAUCGAGACCGCAGCCAUUGUCCUGUCACUAUUUUGAUGGUUUGAGGGGAGGCUGUGCAGGAAUGCGGCUGCUGUUGCCUUGACAAUCUAAGCACUUCCUGUUUCCAGAAUGCGACAGUAGUGGUGUGCUCCUCUGGCAUUGAGGAAAAACUAAUUAUCCAGCCUGGCUCCUUCUCCCCUGAGCUUGCACAUACCCCUGAAGCAAUCCACAAGGCUAAUAACAAUGACAAUGCCGGCAGACAAUGCAACCUACGAGAGACAAGAUAGACUGGGUGGGUAAGGCACGAAAACGCACAGGAGAGAGCGUCUGAAGGUUUGGAAUGAGGCACAGAAAGAACUCAUUUACUGUUUCACCAAGAUGUGCAAAGCACCAGGAAAUGAGUUCAAGUGGAUGUUCAUACACAAGCAAAAUAUCUCUCACACUGGCAUCUGCUUUCUUUUUUACUCUUUCUCCUCUUCACAGUUAAGUGUUUCUCUUUUUUCGAAAAACGUACCCCCUCCUCGCCUUUCUCUCCCUCUCUUUUCUUUUACUUCUUAUAUAAUUGAACUAAUUACUUCAUUAUACAAAUCCAGGCUAAUGUGCUCCUGGAUCCAGACGUCAUGGAUUAAUAGUGGUGCUAAGCAGCAAUUACAGGCAAUUAGUUCAUAAAUCAACAUCUAAACAAAUUAUGGUGCGGUGGAGGGGGGAGUUGUAUGUUCAAAACAUCAGCAGACCAAGAGGCCACAUACAAACUUUACAUGCAGAGUUCCAUCAGUCUCACCUGCAUCAAAACGAUCAAACCAAGUUUGCUGUUAAAAAACUACAAGCAUUUGACUAUUUGUUUCAGAGUUAUUCUAAGUCCACUCAAAAAUGACAAUUCUGUCAUCAUCUACUCGGGGUUUUUCCUGGCUCGAAAUGAGGUGGAGGUGGUGCCAUCCUGAUCUUGUACACACACACACACACACACGCACACGUAGGCCUAACGUACCUUUAAGUGGCUUAACCAAAGUGACUUUGACAUAUUAAAAGAUCUAAUAAAAUUAGAUGUAAAUGACAAUUAUUAAGUUAUAUUAAACAUUACUUUUAUUCAACCAAACAGAAAUGUUUUUUUUAUCAUUUUCAACUAACUUUUCAGCCCACAAUAGCCAAAAGAAUUAACCAGUCUUACUAAAUAAGCAAAGCUCAUUCACAUCUUGCAUUCUCUUUGGUUCACUUUAAAUGAUGUUCGCUAGUGACUGAAAAGUUCAAUAGUUUUAAAUGAAUCGGUUCAAAUGAGUCAUUCGUGUGCGAGUCGUUCUGAACACAAUGUGCGUUCAUACUGGCGAACAUACUUGUGGUGCCAUCCCAAAAAGGUAAAAAGUCUCUCUCACGUACCUUCUCGGGAUCGGUUCCACAUUUAUGGAAUGAUCUGCCCGCUGCUACAAGAUCAGCAGAUUCUGUAGCCAUCUUUAAGAGUCGUCUGAAAACACAUCUCUUCCGUCAGCACCUGACCGAUCAUUUCUGACUUCUAUCUCUUUUCUACUCUUUCAAAAAAAAACUUAGCUCUGUAUACUGUGGUAGGCUAUAUGAGACCAGUUUUUUUAUUGGACUUAUGCUUUUUGUUGUCCUUGUGUUGUUCCAAUUGCUUCCAUUGUUUUCCUCAUCUGUAAGUCGCUUUGGAUAAAAGUGUCUGCU